AUGGAUAACGUUUGCGAAUUAAGUAUAGAAGAAACUAAUAAAUUAAGAGAAAAAUUAGGUUUGAAAAAGUUAGAAAUAAAAGAAGAUAAUAAUGAAAAAGUUGUAGAUGAAAAGUCCAACUUCAUCAAUAAUGAUUUAAGUUAUAAAAAUGAAAAAUUAAAAAAAAAGAAUAAUGGUGAAAUUAAAAAAAAAAAAAUAAUAAAUAACAAAAAAGAUCUAGAGGAAAAAAACAAAAUUAAAUCAAUAAGUGAAGAUUAUAAUGAUGAUAUUAAUGAUGUAGAAACUUGGAUAAAUAAAACAAGAAAUACAAUGAAUAAAAGACUAGCACAAGAAUCAAUACAAUACAGUGAUGAUGAAGAAGAAACUAAAAAAAAAAAAAAAAAAAAAAAUAAUAAUAAUAAUUUUGUUAGUUGUGUAAAAGUUGAACAUAAAAAUGAAGAUAUAACUGAUAAUAUGAUUUUAACUUUAAAGGAUAAAAGUGUUUUAGAUGAUGAAAAAGAUUGUUUAAUAAAUGAAGAACUGAAAAAAAAUAAUAUGAAACAUUUGAUUUCUAGAAAUGAUGAAACCUACUGGAAUAAAAAUUAUUAUGAUCCCUUAUCAUAUUAUGAUGAUAAUAAUAAAAUGGUAGAAGGUGAAUCUUCUAUUAACAUGAUUCCUAAGUAUGAUGAUGAAAAACAUUCUUUUGAUAUAAAUGUACAUUAUGAUGAAAAUAAAGACGUGCCUUACGAAAAAGUAAUAAAAAAACAAGAAGUUUUAAAAAAAGGAAAUAAUGAAAGAGAAGAAAAAGAAACUCCUAGAAAAGAUGAAAAAAAUAAUUUAGAUAAUAUUUUGAAAUUAAAGAAAAAAAAAAUUAAAAAUAUAAGAAAAAGAAAGAAAGAUUCUUGGGAUUUCCUUUAUAACGAAAAGGAGGAAGAUGAAAAUGGAAAAAUGGAAAGUAAAGAAAAGGAAAGUGAAUCAAAAGAAAGCGAAAUAAAAAAAAAACAAAGUACUCAUAUAAUAGAUGAUGUUAUCAAAAAAAUACGAGAAGAGCAGAUGGAUAUGGACUUUAAUUAUUUUGAUGAUGUAUUUAGUGAAAACGAAGAGGAUAAGGAAUUAUACGAACUUUUACAAAAAGGUAAUAAUUUGAAAAAAGCAAAAAAAGAAAGUAAUUAUCAAAGUGAACUAUUAAAAUAUAUAGUAAUAAAUGAUGAAGAAAAAAAAACAAAAGAUAAAGAAAAUGAUAACUUUAUAAAAUUAACAAAUGCAUCUGAAUUUUGCAAAAAUAUAUCUUUACCAAGAGAUUUACAUGAAAAUGAAAAAAAAAUAAAAUCAAAAAAAAAUGAAAAAGAUCUUACCAAUGAAGAUUUCCUUUCAUCAAAAAAUAUAUUAAAAGAAAAUAUUAAUGAAGAUAUAUUAAAAAAUACAUAUGAAAAUGAAGAAAUAAUAAAAAAUAAAGAAGAAAAUAGAGAACAAAAAAAUAACAAAUCUGAUUAUGAUGAGCAUCAAUAUGAUGAAAUUUCUGCAGGAGGAGUAUCAAAAAUUUUUAAUGAAGUAGAACUCGAUGAAGGGUUAUGUGGUGCUUUGAAAUAUUUAAAAACAAAAGGAGAAUUAAAUAUUGAAGAUAAAAUAUAUAGAAACCCUGAAAAUAAGCCAUUACAUAUGUCAACUGAAAAAAAUGAUAUAAAAUUAGAUUAUAAAAAUGAAUUAGGAAAAGUUAUGACUCCCAAAGAAACUUUUCGAUAUAUUUCUUGGAUUUUUCAUGGAAAAAAACAAGGUAAAAAUAAAUUAGAAAAAAAAAUUAAAAGAUUAGAAAUUGAAAGGAGAUUUAAAGAAAAUCCAAUGGAUUCCUUACCAACUUUAAAUGUAUUGAAAAAAUACCAGCAAAUACAAAAAAAAUCAUAUUUUACAUUAUCAAGCAAUAAUUAA